UACGACCCGACCAUGUGUGGCUUCAACUCACAGUACGGCUGCGUUCCUCUCGACGGAUGUGGCAACAGUCUCAUCGUGCCGUUUAUGUACAUCUUCUUCCUCGUGAUGGGGUACGUCGGCAUCAACUUGUUUUCGGGGAUCGUAGUCGACGCGAUCGGGGACGCGUCCAGCGUGUGCCCCAUCAACGUCAACACGCUCGCCGAAUUCUCGGACCGGUGGGCCAAGUUUGAUCCGUCUGGCACGGGGCUCAUCACGGCGGACGAGCUCACCGACUUUUUGUACACCGUGUACCCGCCGUUCGGAUUCAAGGGUGUGCCAGGAUUCACACGUCGCCGCGUUGUGAUUGCGAUCGGAGACUUGGGGAUUCCGAUUUACGACCUCAUGUACGUUCACUUCAAGGAUGUGCCUCGGGCGUUGGUCCAGCGCGUAUUGGCUGAGGGGAGCCGAGAAAAGCAUGCUGAAAUUACCCGCGUCAUGGAGGAGAAAGGCAUCAACAAGCAGUUUGACGAGAUGUGGUUUCGAACCCACGGCAAGAAACACCACAACGCGCUGGAGACCAAGGAGAAGAGCCCGCUGCGCGAGUACUCAAGCGCGUUGAUUAUCCAGCGGUUUCUUGAAAAGUCCAAGCUCGAACGCACACGGCGCCAGUCCAAAUUGACUGGGCUCGACGGUGCCACGAAGCUUGCACAACCAGCUCCGUCGCACCGAUCCGACACCCCACAGGAGCCCACUGUUCAGGACGAACCAGGGUCGCCUGCAGUGCCCUGAGUCUCUACAUAUCAAAUUUUGAGCAAGCGACUACUGUCGAGGACCAACGAUGCAACAUAUCCAUAACAAGAAAAUGUUGGACGAGUGUGCCCAGUCACGAUGCAAAAGAGCACGCUCCACGCGAGAGACUGUUUGCGUGGAGCUAGGCGAGG